UGUUCAUGUUAUUAUUUCACUGGGUUUUGGUUUCUGUGCUGUUUGGUAUUACUUGGCGUUGAAGGGAAGAGGAAGAGACGAGACUGAUGAAGAGGCUAGUGGCAUUGCUUUUGCUUCUGGCAUUGAGUUGUGCUGUUGAACAUAAUGGGGUCGGGAAUGAUGGACAGUGCAAAUACAAGAAAUCUUUAGAACCCAGACCUCACAGUGUGUCCAUCUUGGAGUUUGGGGCAGUAGGGGAUGGCAAAACAUCGAACACAAUUGCCUUUGAGAAUGCCAUUUUCUAUCUCAAGUCCUUUGCUGAUAAGGGUGGUGCUCAGCUCUAUGUUCCACCAGGCAGGUGGCUUACGGGAAGCUUUAACCUUACCAGCCACCUCACCCUCUUCCUUGAACGAGGAGCUACCAUUCUUGGAUCUCAGGACUUCACCCAUUGGGAAAUACUCGAUCCAUUACCAUCUUAUGGUCGAGGGAUUGAACUUCCAGGUGGAAGGUAUCGCAGCUUGAUUAAUGGACCGAAUUUAAGUGAUGUGGUGAUUACAGGUAACAAUGGAACCAUUGAUGGCCAGGGUUCUGUCUGGUGGGAGAAUUUCAGUUCCCAUUCCCUAAAUUACAGCCGCCCCCAUAUUGUGGAAUUUAUCAGCUCCAAUGAUAUCAUUAUCUCAAAUAUAACCUUCUUAAAUUCCCCAGCCUGGAACAUUCAUCCUGUAUACUGCAGCAAUGUUUGGGUUCAAAACAUAACAGCUUAUGCUCCUCCAGAAUCUCCUCGUACCAGUGGUGUUGUCCCAGAUUCUUCUGAGUACGUUUGCAUUGAAGACAGCAACAUCAGCAUGGGCUAUGAUGCCAUUGUGCUCAAGAGUGGGUGGGAUGAGUAUGGAAUUGCCUAUGGAAAACCAACCAAGGAUGUGCAUAUCAGGAGAGUUUGGCUACAGUCUAGUUCGGGCUCUGGCCUAGCAUUUGGCAGUGAAAUGUCUGGGGGCAUCUCCGACAUACUGGUGGAGCACAUACACUUGCAGGACUCAUUGACAGGCAUCAUGCUCAAGACAACCAAAGGGAGGGGUGGCUACAUUAAAGGCAUCCUCAUAUCAGAUGUUGAAUUGGAAAAUGUUGGCCUGACAAUUGGAGCAACAGGCCAGUGCAGAUCCCACCCAGACGACAAGUAUGAUCCUGGUGCACUCCCAGUUGUUGAUGGUAUCACCUUUAAGGAUAUGGUUGGUACAAACGUAAGUAUUGCAGGCAAUUUUUCUGGAAUCUAUGAGUCUCCUUUCACAUCAAUUUGUCUAUUCAAUAUUUCCUUGUCCAUCACUUCUAAUUCUUCUAAGCCAUGGCUCUGUUCCAAUGUAUUCGGUUCAUCUGAGCGUGUGUCUCCUGAACCAUGUCCCAACCUCCAAACCAAAACCUCAAAUUCUUUCUCAACUUGCUCUUCCUUCUCAUACACAAAUACUCUAGCUACGGUUUUAUGAGCACAUCUUACCCAAAGCUACAAUUAUUUGUUUCAGCCAAUUUGUACAAUGAAACACAAAUCAUCCUUCCAUUUCCAUCUUAAAUUCAUGUGGCCGUAUUUUUCCAAUAAUGCGAACUGCAGACACGGAUUCUUCUGACGAAGAUGAUAUCUUUGUUCAUCCAAUUAAAACAUUCCAAAACCCUGCAACAAGUCUCUACCAGAAUGGCGUCAACAACUAAUGAAAUAGCUUGUGUACAGUCUUAUUUCCAUCAUCCAUGUGUGGAUAUUUUUUGUACUGUAGUUAAACUUACAAAUAUUGCUUUGAGCUUUCUUGCACUUCUCUUGUUUCUUUCUCUUUUUGGGCUUGUUUAUCUUGCAAAGGAAAGAAUGAUUGUUACCGAGUUUGUUUAUUAAUUGGCAGAAGGUGUUACUGAAA